AUGAUUGAAACCACUCAAAGAGCCCUGAUCGUUCCUGUGAUCUGCGUUCUCUUCUUCUUCUUAUCAUUCCUGCUGCUACGGAAUACCUCUCCUCCAUGUGGAUUUACUAGACCACCACAUGCGCCCCAUGAUAAACUGGAUUCUCUCCAGUUGCCACCAGAAAAGGUCUCAGUCCGUCUGUUUUUUUCUAAUGAGCCUGUUUUUCGGGUAUGUGACUCUCCUUAUUUGCGACACCUUCGUAGUUGCUGGCGCCUAGAAAUCGUCCAUUAAAAGUACAGGUUUUGACUCUGCUUUGUAAAGAUCCGCAUCGGCCAAGCAGUGACACAUGCGCCGUCAAAAGUCUCCAGGUUCUCUGUUUUCACUGUGAUCAACUUUGUUACCACAGUUUGCGGAUUGUCCACGGACGCGAGAAGGCGAGCUGUUGAGUUUUCCAGAAAGUGUGUCACAGUGCACACCCUAUGAGACAGAAGAACCGAAAUGGCCUCAUACGGUAAGUUCCUCUUCUGAGUCCAUCUACUUUGUUUCCCAAGUAUCUCGGUGCUAGCCUGCCCAUCGACUUGACAGAGGAAUUUCAACGCUUCAGAACCAAAUUUAACAAAACAUUUGGCACAGAAGGUUCAGCUACACUUUCAUCGUUACCUUGGUUGUAGAUGAGUAUCGUUAUUCCACAUUCUGUGAGAAUUACUUUAAAGCCAUUCUUCUGCAGUACUACGAUCAGGGAACAGCCGAGUACGGUGUCACCGAGUUUUUCCACUAUACACGUAAGUCCCUAUGCGGCCCAUUUGACACUUUCUUAGAGUCUGAAUUUGCAAGAAUUUAUCUCAACCAGCCUGUCGAUCUGUCAAACCGGCCGUCUGACAAAAUAACCACCUAUUCGAGUGUAAACAUUCCGGAUAGUUUCGACUGGCGCGACAAGGGUGCAGUCUCUGAAGUAAAAAAUCAGGGUAACUGCGGAUCAUGCUGGGCGUUUUCUGCAACAGGCAACAUCGAAGGCCAAUGGUUUCUCCACAAAGGCGAGUUACUUUCUCUCAGCGAACAGGUACGUCCCGCCCUCCCCAUUCGAAACCCAAAAUGACUGAAUUUCGCCAACUCAGUUCUUGUUGGUUGCCCGGUGUGGAAAGUCCCUGGAGGUAGUCAGCAUUGUCCACACCACACGCAGAGGUUGAAUAUAGUAAAUACUCGAAAGUUAUUGACAACUAAGUUUCGCCCCCCCCCCCUGACGAGGUGUCAAACAGGCUAAUUACAUGGAGCAAAUUUUUCAUUACAGCUGCCGAAAAAGUGGGGCUCACUCAGCCGAGGACAGUUUUUCCUGUCUAAUAAGGUUCAUAUUUUUGUAGACAUGGUAACGGAACUACUUCUGUCACAGGAAGGGCGUUCACUGGCCAGGUUACGGAAGGUGCUCGUCUCGUCGCACCUUCGAACUCAAUUAAGAGCCCCCGGCCAGUCGCGGAUCGGCCAAUGAUAUAUGCGGAGAGGGGGUACUGACAAAUGAUGGCGGCAGUUUGUGGCUUACGGGGCGUCAUUGAUCAGCCAUAUCCAACCCCAGCUCUGAAUGGCUAGGAGUUCGAACUUGGAUUUAUAGUAAUAUACCGUAACAGACGCAAUAUGACGAGCACGUUCCGCAACCCAGUCGGUGAAUGCCCUUCUUGUGUUAGUGAUUAUUCCAAAUCACAAUCGAAGGGGCAACGAGUCCGUGGCUCAUCGACAGAAUGUUUAACAAAUUAACAUCCAGUGACUAAAAAACUCGUUCGAAUCCCUAAUAAUGCUGGCUGGCGGUUGGGUGUAGCUGGUUGACGAUUGCUAAUAGGCCGAAAAUGGCCAUACCAGUCUCCCAUGUCUUUGUCAGUACUCCCUGCUGCUUGUAGAAAAUAUUUUUAAUCACGGAGUUGCUAGCCUUCCUCAUUCACAUAUCUCGAGUCAGUUUGAUUUUCCGACGGUCCCGUUGAAAAUAAAUAGUGUCGAUUGAAUGACAUCUCUCUGGACGUAGAGAAUGAUGCAGCCUCCGCAAUUUCAUGUUUUCUGUGAGUCUGGUGUUUCACUUAGGCCACUAAAGUGUUACGUUUAGGACGGAUUUGUGCCAGUUGGCAGACGAGGUACAACUUAUACAUUGCCUAACCUCGCUGCAGGCGAGAGUUGUUAAAAGUAGAGGCUGAUGAACCAUGGCUUCUGGAAUGGAGGAGCUUAGCGCUACUAGCGAUGCCCGCAAUCUGUGCCUGUUGCAUUAGCAGUCUGGCAAAAAGGGUGUGUUAGACAGGCGAAACUAGAACCUCCCGUCCACCCAGAAGAUCGAUUGGGUUUGUGUAUAGUUGCUUUGUCCUAGACCUGUCGGUAAGACAGAUUAGUCAGACCGUAAAGAAUCCAACAGUUGAGCACAUUUUGGUCCUUCGAUGUUGCCGAAUCGCGAAGCCCAUCGAAACCCCUCUGUCGUCAGCUGAAUUAUCCACACGUGCGGGCACUGUGAAUACGUGUGCCCAGCCGGUUAAUUCCUUUGGGGUGCCUUUGUGCAGCCAACAUUACCUCUCAGACCAAUCUUAUAAUCGCCGUUGACAUCGUCCCAACCCCUGAGGUUAACUGACCUCGAACCUCGGGACUUCACAAAGCAUCAAACAGACAACGCCAACCCACCUGCCUAUGUAGCGCCUGCGGCUCUACGAUGGACACAGGGGCUGGUGCGUUGAAUUUAACAGUCGUAAGACCCGGAUUCACGCUUACUGCCCUCCCCUGACUGACCACGAGCCCCAUUCCUGGACUCGUGCCACCAGCUUAUUGUUAAUGCAAGCACAAGCCUCCUGUAGGGAUUAUUUCAUGCCAGGUAAUCUCAUCACUCAGGUCAGGAUACCGGCUUUUGCACGAGCUUCCUUCCGGCCGCCUGCUAAAACCACACUCCGUAAAAAUAACCAAUUAAGUAGUAUGAAUUUUCCCCAUCGAUUUUCGGUGCUUUUGUGAACUUAAAUAUAUUUUACUGAGAAAACUUGCAAAAAUAUCGCUUCUCGUGCUUAGUUGCCAGCAAAUUACUUCCUCGUAAAUUUCACUAUUCUUUAUUCUUGUGACUAUCCUGCGCGAUAGUUUGUCUUACGAGCCUGCUCAGAUAAACUUCUCUUACCGAAGACACCUUUCAGAAUUGCGGUCAACAUUUCAUGAGAUAGCACAUCUACCGAUCGUGCUACGGAACCUGCCUGUCCCGUUGUGUUUUGGGGCUGGAUCUAGUGCCCAGUAGGCCGCUACACAGCAGCCAGCGGUGUACACCGAGGGAGUCUGGAAUGGCCAUUUCUACUUUGUCAUCCGUCGUCAAAUCCAUGUGUGCACCACCUGAGCCCCGAUCCUUUAAUCCAAUCGGUGAGCGCACAUGCGGUAUGGGACGCUCACCGAUCGCGCCUCGGGACCCACUCCUCCCGCCAAGGGUUUUGCGCUGCUUGCCAUUUGACAAUAACUGGUUGUUUGUUGCCUGUCGCUGUGUCAUAGCUUACGCGGGCUCUAGAGUGGAGAUCCACAGCAAAGCAAAACCGGCAGCACCCUGCACUGCUUCAUUCCGGGUGGAUUGGUGAGCACUAUAGUCUCAUGCUACUUAAUUUACACUUACUUCCCUCUCUUUGCAGGAGCUCGUGGACUGCGACAAGAAGGACAAUGGGUGCGCCGGUGGUUUCAUGACAACAGCCUUUAAGGCGGUGGAAGAACUGGGCGGUUUGGAGACCGAGGAGGACUACCCAUACAAGGCUGAUACGAAAAAAUGCAGUUUCGACCGAUCCAAGGCCAGAGUUUAUGUCAACGGGUCGGCGGAGCUAUCGCAGAAUGAAACAGAGCUGGCAGCCUGGCUCGCGGAAAACGGUCCUAUAAGCGUUGGCAUAAACGCGCUGCCACUCAUGGUACGCUGCUUCUUUUUUGCCAUUCCUGAUCAGUUCCUACCGUGUUUUCCAAGCCGAUCAACCACAGUUAGUAGCCAUGUGUGCAACCAUCUGUGAUUUGUUCUGCUCUUCCUGCUGUCAUUUUAAGCAUACUGAAGUACAAAAUUAUAGAAGACGGUCCCACUGUCGCAGCCGACUCCCUCACCACACUACGCUUCGUAUGUAUGCUUGCAACCGCCCCUUUCUUUACUGAUGUACUGUACAUCAGAAACCCAACUGAACAACUGUUCCUCUUUGCUUUUAAGAACAUUAAGUGUUGAGCUUCUAUCAGCAGGUCCGGUCCGUCGAGACCCCUAGCUGAUGACCUCAACGAGCUUUCGUGCGGGUCAGCUCAUCUGAGGGUUAGCGAAGGUCACCACCUGGAUGGCAGCGGUGUCCAUAGGAUCAAAACUGUGACGGCGUACUGUUUAUACAUCGUAUUGUCGAAGUGACUCAUGGGCAGUUACGACUGCGAAUGCACGUGUGUCUGAGCUGAAGUGGGUCAGCGCGUCUAAAGCGCUUGCUGUAAAGGUGAGCGACUUCGAGGCGGCGGGGUUUUGAACAAGGACGCCAAGGUCGGUAGCAUAUCCAUAGCAAAAUUUGGAUCGUUGCUGGCCCUCCUACAUCGGAGACAGUAAGUUGGACACAAAAACUUCGGUAAAGUGCUAUUGCGGCGCAACUGUGACCCGUUGGCUUGUCGGUUUUGUCCGCCUCAUCGACAGAUACAUUAGAUAUGCUAUCUCAUGAAUUUUUAACCGAAAUCCUGAAAUGUGUUUUUGAUUCGAAAAGGCUACUUAGGUAGGGUUGUAAUAUUAGUGAUUGUGCGGCAGAAUCCCAGGACAUUUCAGUCAUAUCAGGAUCUCAGCUUUUGAACGAGUUCCUUUUCGGCCGUCUGCAAAAACGGCACUGCAACAAAUGGACACUUGAGCAGUAUGCAUUUUUCACUGAUUUUCGACGCCAUAUACAUUCAGAUAUACGCCACUGCGAAUAAAAAUAAAAAUAUUCGUUAUUUUACUCAUUUGGUAGUAAAUUAUGUCCUUUUAAAACCUUAUACCCAAAGAAAGAAUAUAAUUCGGUUUUAACAAUUCCGAUCUCCGAAUAAUUUUUAGCCCGACUUACCAUAUCCUACGUUUUCUACACGCUAUCAAGAUGCCAUAUAGGGCUCAUAAAAUUUUAUAGCAAAUUUAAAGCAUAUUGCAUACUUUGAAAGCAAUAUUAAUAACUGUGGAGUUACGAUGCUUUGCGAAUGGACAUUUCAGUCUUAAAAACCUCGUAAUUCCUCAGGUAUGAAAUUUAAAGACGUGAUUUGCUACCAGCUGAGUAGAAGAACGAAUGUCUUUGUGCGUGUUUUCCAUUAGAAGAGACAGUGGCGAGUGGACGUUCCUUUCGGUAAAUUCUCAUCAGGCCAAUGCAGUUACAUAGGGCGGGGUACAGUGAGUGAAACGAAAAUCGAUAAAAGCUAGGUUUUAAAUUACAGGCUCGGCAAGAGCGGAAGGGCGCCGAAAGUUGUAUGUGGUUAGUCAACCUUUAACCACGGUAAGCGCGGAGCCUGAACAAGGUUCUUUUGGGCGCAUAGGGUCGGUUUUCGUUUAGAUGUGUUUAAACUUAUAAGGGCAUAAAAAGUCGAUGAGGAAAGUGCAUACUACUUUAGUAGUCAUUUUUAACUGAACGAAGCUUACUGAAAAGCUGUCAUCCUGUUGUGACUGAAAUACCUCGGGAUUGUGAUGUACGGCAGUUAAUAGUACAUCUCCACUUGAGUCAUCUUUUCGAUUCGAAGACGGACUUCAUGAAAUGGGACGUUCACUGUAGAUCUUUACGGCCCGUCAAGCAUGACAAUUUCUUGUCAACUGUGUUUGCCAUUGUCCGCCACCGGUUUGCUGCUCAUCCACGUAGGAAUGCUGUCGGGGUCGGGGUAGCUCAAUAUGAUAGCCUUUUACCGAUUAAUUAAUACUGGGCAAACCUGGUCUUAACCACCUCACUCCCACAGCCUACUGUCUUUCCAUCCGUCCUCGUCUGAAACGGCCUUCACGACUCUCAAAUGCACUUAAAACGCAACCAAAAGCAAGUACAAGUAUCAUGAAAGCGACGUUGCCCGAUCAGGUUAGGGGACAUGUUCGUUCCGCUGCGUCUUUUGACUCAAUCUAGAGCCCUCGCAAACCAACUAGUAGCAUUACAGGAAGGAGUAACAGGAUGAGCAUGCCCUGUGACCUGAUCAGCAGCGAACUUCCACCAUGGUUACCCUUCUCGAUCGCAACCGACAGAACAACGGGCCUCUGUCUCAAUGCUACAGCGUUGAAUUGCUUAACGUCCAGUGACCAAAGAACCGACACUUGAAUCUCAGGUCGGCAUGACCUGGGGCUGGGUAUGGCUGACUGACGGCGGCUGAUAGGCCAGAAAUGGCCAUUCAGGUCUCCUUUGGCUUUGCUGGUACUGGUGCCUUUAGCACACACAAAUGUCUUUCAUUGUUUGGAGAUCGCGUUACUUUAGUGAAAAUUCCGCCCUAAGGAGCGAGAAAGCCCGCCUAGCCAGGAAGCAUGUGUCACUGGAGAGAGUGGAACUGCCCCACACCUCCGCCCGGUUUCUCGCCUCCGCUCUACGGCGAUGCAUAUCCAAACAGCUUGCGAAUUUUGCCUAUCUAAUCUUAUCUCAGUGUCGUGCGGUGAACCUAAUGUAAUCUGGGGCACACUUUCGUCUCCGUCCGAUCACAAGUGUUUACUGGUCCCGCAGGUUUCCAUAUUACCCAUAGUCAGCAUUUUGUAGAUAGGCUCCGCUCAGUAGGAAUUGCGGAGUCGUUUUGAAACUGACCUUCGAUAUGGCUCUCUGGCGAAACUUAACAUUAUAAGAUGACGAGGUAACUCAAGGAUGUUCCUUAGUGUGAUCGGAUCUGUUACUGGCUUCCAGCGGACGGCAUUUCGCAACUGUUCAUUCGCGAUUUUUCCCCACGCAGUGGUCUGCGACGCCAGUCAUCCCUUGUGUUCCCGGCAACUCAUCAGCUGAAAUCAUCCCACCCUGGUUUCCGUGUACUAAAUUUUCUGGCUCGACGAAUCUCCAUUUAUUAUAUAUUUUCCAUAUCUACUCUGUUAAUUAAGGUACUCCAAGUGUCACUUUGCACGCAACCACCUUUUCUGCCUAAUCAAACGUAGCGACAGUUUAGUCACCUACCUACUUUCUUCGUCUCCAAAUACUCCAGCUAACGUAUUUUUUCUUCAAGUUAGGCUGUUUAUUGUAGGCUUUAUAAGAGCCACAUUGCCUGCUUCUACUGACAGCAUUCCAUGCAUAAUUUGUUUCUUGAACUCGUCCUUUCAUCUUCCACGUCUUUUCUUUUCUAGUUCUACAUCAGGGGUAUUGUUCACCUCCCCUCUUUCCUGUGCCCGUCCUUCAUGAUUGAUCACGGCGUGUUGUUGGUCGGCUACGGAGUCGGGCCCACCAUUAUUCAUUCUCACGUGCCCUACUGGAUCGUUAAGAACAGUUGGGGAAAGUCCUGGGGCGAGGCGGUAGGUUGUUCUCUUGCCAUCUAUCUACACAACCACUCAGUUUUGUUAAGUGACGGUUUAGUGUAAAUACGAAUACACAAAGUUUGACGCUUUUACUUUUGAAACAGUAGCCUGAAGUCUUCUUUUUUGACCCUGCCACCUGCCGACCGGCACCUCCGUUUUGAUGCGCUGACUGUGGCGUAAUUUCUUGCGAUGACAGUUUGCCUGUCUGUCUGGAAGCCUUGUUUAAGGCGUUGACCAGAUCAGGAGGCAAUUCUCGACUCUCAUUUUUAUUUCAUUUUCUAUUCAAAUGGUGGACUUGAGUUAUAUCGGCACCGUAUUCGCUCUUCCUCUUCUGCAAAGGACUAUUUUUAUGGUCUGCCGUGACUUUUUACAGGUCAUUUUUUCAUUCUUUGUGCGGGGUUGACUUUUUGGCCCGUUACUGACGCCAAUGAGUUUUGUGGCGCAUCCUUCGAUCCCACGUACAAGUUAGCCCAACAAAAUUCCUAUUAAGUGCCCGCUCCAGCGCUUUUUGCAAUUUAGUUAGUCCACUCGUAGCAGGCUACGAGGAGCACCAUCUGUGCGGAGAGGGCAUAGUGACGACUUGUGCAGCGAUUAUUCUCCUCCCUAAUAAUUACCCUGACCUCCGCAGGGGGCUACGUGGCAGACGCGCUGUACCAAAACGGGGGUCUUAUUGGCUCACGACCCGCGCCAAUCGGGCCGCGCAGAGUCCGCGCUAACCAUGUUUACUGUCGUACAUGAAAUACUAGUUAUGGCACGCUUUGACAUAGGCCCUCACUAGCUGGUUGACGGGCUCGGCCAAACGAAUAAUGCGUGGGAGUGGGAAGAGGGAGGGUGAGGAUGACACUGGGGACCCAUGUUCACGGCACGUCGGCGCAUCGCUCGUCGUGCUUGAAUCUAUCACCACGCGCUAAAAGUCGUGGCUGAAAAGGUUGCCAACCAACGGGAGAACUCUGUCCCUCUCCGGACGGACAACCAGGCUGCAAUGGUUUCUUCUUAAUGCGGCUCUAAAGGCAUUUACACGUGUCGGUUCGAGCCACCCUCACAAAAGUUGGAGAAAUUUAUAGUGGAGACCAGGUCGUGUAUGACACGCCCAGACGGACUGUAUAAUGUUGUCAGGCGAUGGCCCGAGUCCACCUCCGGUCGUCUUAACACUGAUUUUCCAUCGGAACAAAAUGGGUGGGGGGAUGGGAGAGUUUGGUGGAUGCUAUUCAAUCCCGCUUCUGUAGACUAAUUCGCGCGCAAGUCGCCAUCCUGCGUCCACUCCAUGGAACACGUAAUGGCUCUCAUCUUUCGCAACGCUCGAGCAGCAUGUUAAAAUGUCAAGACAAAUCAAAACCACCGGUGACCAACCCAGAUGCAGCUGCUAGCAAGCCUGUAAUGUUGUCUACGUGGGUAUUGGUCUUUGACUUUGUACGAAUCUGUCUUCAAGGAUCGCCACUGGUAUUACCACAAAUACUACACUACGAAUAAACCAUUGCAGGCAAACCUCCAGCCCUAAAUAAGACGGUCAGUUCCCCGCCGUUGACCCCACGCGAAAGUUAAAAAAUCUUGACCAGUAAAGUGAUUAAAUUAAGCGUUGAGUCCACCUCCACUCGAUCGGAGGUAAGCGAACCACAGACAUAAUUUUACCUAGGGGUUGACGUGGUUUGCAGUGGGCGUUUAGCGCCUGCCCGAGACUACCCCCAGAUAGACAUUCCUCAUGCUUAUUCGUGCGCUGCUCUAUAUAUCUACGUUUACAACCUGCAAAUAAGCAUAGUUGGACAUAACAUGUGCCCUGCGUGAUUUAACAGGUAUGAACUAAUUUUUCUGCUAUUCUGGCAAAUUCAGUACUCUUCGCUAUUUUACGAAGCCCUUGGAAUUGAAAGUACCAAGCAGCCUGCCAGCGAACCGUAGACAACUUGUGUUGGCCGUGCUGCUGGAUGAAAACCUGCGAACUAUGUCACCCGACAAAAUAAGAUGCUUUCAGAGGUUUAGUGUUGAAGGUAUGGAAUUUUGGACAUUAGAUCGCUCUAGCGAUAACGAUAACCAUAUGGUACACGUUAUAAUGCGGUUGAACUCCACAUCAGCUACUGCGUUCGAUCUCAUCUCCAGUUUUUUUCACUUUGACUUGGUGCUCGAAUGCCAGAGGGGGGUCGUUACAGUUCGGAUCUGGCGCAGACUCUUAAGCCAUUGCGACACAGUUCCCCAUCGUGAUCUAGAAGUUUGCCAACUGAUGUCAUAGGUCAUUUCUACACAUAGAUGUUUCUUAGUGUCGUCUCUGCAGCAAUCCGAUAAGAUCUCGCCGUAUACUGACCCUGUCGUAAUUACGGACCCGUACGUGUGUGGUACGCGCAGACUAAGUUUCAAAUUCGUCAACUACUGAGUCCGCGUCAAUCUCCAGUCUCAUCGACUGUCUUUUCGGCUGUCGGAAGAGGAAUGAAGACCAGUAGGUGGGCUAACGCAUAAAAUGUCAACCAAGAUUCCGAAAUGCGUUCUCGUUUCGAAAAGAUUAAAUAGGGUUGUAAAACUACUUAUUGUGCAGCAUAAUUCUAUAAUAAUUCAGUUACCUCAGGGUGCCGGCUUUCGAACGAACUUCCUUCCGGCUACCUGCAAAGACCACACUCUUUAACAAAUGACUACUUAGGUAGCACACAUAUUUCUCAUUGCUUUUCGAUGCUCUUAAAAAUCUUAUUAUAUUUCAUAGAAAAUAUGCAUAAAAAUAUUCCUUGUCUUGCUCAUUCGGUAGAAAAUUACGACUUCUUCCAAUUUUAUACUCGGAGGAAGCGUAUAAUUCGGUUUUCGAAAACUUUUUCAUUUCUCGAAUGAUUUUGAACUCGACCUGCCGUUACAUUUGCAUUCAGGAUUUCCGAACUACAAGCCAUAUGCUUUCCGCGGACGGAAAACCAUACAUUUGUCUACGGUAUUAAUAGGAGCCCAUACGGGAUCCAUAAGGUUUAGCAGUGGAUUUCAGCCAUAUUGAUAUAUGCAGAGAAAUGACGUUUUAUGAAUAGACAUUUCACGGUAUUAAAAAAAUCUUGCAAUUAGAAACCCUUUUAAAACCGAAAUAUACCCCUCCUUCGAGUAUAAAAUUGAAAGAAGUCGUAAUUUUCUACCGAGUGAGCAAGACAAUGAAUAUUUUUAGGCAUGUUUUCCAUGAAAUAUAAUUGGACUUUUAGGGCCAUCGAAAAUCAAUGAGAAAAAAAUGCAUGCUACUUAAGCAGUCAUUUUUUAAACAGUGUGGUUUUUGCAUGCAGCCGGAAGGAAGUUCGUUCGAAAGCCGGUACCCUGAGGUAACUGAAUUAUUAUAGAAUUAUGCUGUACGAUUAUUAGUUUUAUAGCCCUAUUUAAUUAAACUUUUCGAAACGAAAACGCAUUUCGGAAUUUUGGUUGACAUCUCAUCAGCUAGCCCACCUACUGUAGAUGCCGCACAAACCUGAUUCGCUAUAAACAGCUUUGCGCGAAAUUCACCACUACGCCCUCCAACACUGUGUUAGUCGUUGAAUCAGCCGGGCUCAUGUCUGGCUGGCCUGGACGGUGUGUCGCACAGGGCGUCUCUUUGUGCCCGACGGCUUGCGGUAGCAGAUGUGGGGAUCUUGACCCCUCAUAUUCUCCAACAAAGACCGAAUACCGAGAGUUCAAGAACAACAUCGAUGCCUCUCUAGCCGACUUCAUAUGCCUCGGCAAGGAACGUCAUUUAGAUCGGCAGUAGUAAAUUCACAUGGUAGGCGACAGAAGAUGUGCCUGAACCCCUUCAACCUUCUUUUUGGCCUAAAAUAACCUCUGCGGACGCGUACGGUCCAUUUUGAGAAAUAGCCUGUACCCGUCUGGCGAACGAUUUUCAGGCAUUUAUACUGUUGGAGAACAGAACAGAUUGGUGGGCACGAUAUCAAGACUGACAUGGAGGCUAAUAGAAUACCCCUCUGACAUAGUCGAUGCGACAAGCGCUGCCGUUCCCGACUGUCACCCUAGAGUGUUUAAAAUUGACAACUUUUGCCUGCUGUCUGUUGUUAAUCAGGAGACGCCCUCCGCCGACCAGAAAUCUAGUUCGGGCACACUUGGCGGCCUUGUUCAUCCGUCAUAUCAGGUUCUCUAGGUCACUGCAUUUUAAUGCUGUUUGGGACGGUGCCUUCUGCACGCCGGAGGUCGGCCAGCCGUGCGUGUAGUUUCAGGUCAUACACUGUCAGUAUCACGUACAGCUCUUCGGCGAAUCCAAUCAGUAACACUGUUGCACACUGCAUGACAAAACCCACGAAACGCUGAUUUGAAUUUUCGGCACACUCUCAGGUAGGCCUUACGCAGGGCAGAACAUGUACAUUCCUACACGUUAUCACAGUGGCUUUUAACUGAGAAAUUUAUGUUAAUGUGUGGAUUUUACCCGAAACAAACUACCUACCUAAGUGGUGCGAGUUUUCUCAAUCCACUUGCUGCCCGUAUAAUUUCAAUUAUUACGUAAUAAAAAGAACUUACAUAAAGACGUCUCUUGUUGAAGUUUGCGCCGCCUUCAACUUGUGCAUUGGAAGGGAGUAUUUCGAUAUCCUGAAGUUAAAGGAACUUUUUGGGACACUUAUGGGACUGCUGACGUUACUUCCUUUCCAUGAUUUUUUAAAAUGCUAUUCACGGAGUAUGUAUCGAAGCUUAUGUCCUAAGGCCCUAGAGAUUAAACUGUUGUUCCAAACUUUCGAAUUCUCAACUUUGUCAGAUGAAAUUCCUCGGUGCACAUUUCCUCGGUAGUUUGUGGGUACACCACGUGGUCUUUCUCAAUUAUCUAUGAGCACCAGAAAAUCCCACUUACAAGAAAAUAUAGGAUUUUGUUGGUCUGUUCCAGAGAAAACAUGAGUACAAGUGAAAAAUCAGGUUGCUUUUUUAGACUGUGCAGGAAUUGACUGAGGUUCUAAGGGGCGAAAACUCCCAUCAUAUGCGGCACUUAAGGAAGGCGUAGCUGCCUAUGACAGAAUUACCAGAAAUUCGUUUUUUGCAUCUUGCUAUAAAGCAAAAGUGGAUUUCUUCGGGUUUCCUAGACCUUUGGGCAACGUGCAGAUUUCCCAGAUUUAAAUGCUUUUUCAAACAUAAAAUGGGAUGCAUUGGGGGAGGCGUUCGUCGAACUUAUGACAACAGGCUGCAUUCCUGAAGGCCUGCGAGUCAGGACGUAUCCCAAUGGUGAUUUGCCCACUGAAUCGGGAUGCUGAUUGCAGGAGCAGCGUUCUGGCCAAACGGACAAGGGGACCGAUUCUUCCUUCAGUAGGAUGCUAACACUGAACUGUACACUUGGAUGCUAAAGGAGAUUCUGUUGCUGGCCCCUGACCAGGGAGACAGCGCGAUGCGAUCUACAGGACUUCACUGCUCUGUUUUAUCAGUUCUAGAUUCCAGGCCGAAAGCCGAAAUCUAUCUUUUCACCUGGGUACUGUUAACCAUGCACGUGAUUGUCUGGUUGGCAGUGUUCGAUGACGUCAACUUUUUAAUUGGUGAAGUUUAGCUGACUGCAUCUCCUUAGUAUGGAAGCAGCUGUCCCUGCCAAUCAUACUCCUGUUUGUACUUAUCCAAGUCGUUUUGUAGCGAAAGUUUUUAAUUUGUAAUACUGAUUCAUUAGUAUCUUACCGAGCGAACUACCGGCCCGAGUCAUUUCCCUAUUCAAUACGAUAGAUAGCCAGUACCGUCCAUGUCUCUCCAACGGCAUAUAGCAGAGAGGACUAUUUUGGAUUGUUACCAUUCGCGGGUCUCCUUUAUUUUUGCGUGUCAGCCGUCACCAUUCGCUGUGAUUCACGAUGCUUCAUUACGUCUUUUGCCCGUAUUCUCGCUUUCAGAACAUAGUCACCCAUCGCUGCCCCUUGUAUCUGUUUUUGACGAAAUCGGUUGGAUGGCGUUAUUAAACUUAUUUAUUAGCCAUACGACGGGUUUUUUUAGCGUAACAUUUGUAUGCCUCACGUAGCGUGCUUAGUGGCGAAACCUUAAGUCUCCUAUGUGCCAGUAAACAUUAUUUUUUCCCAUUUCAGGGUUAUUUCCGCAUUCAUCGUGGAAGUCAGGCCUGCGGUGUAAACCAAAUGUGCUCGACCUCCAUCAUAAAGUAA